AUGGCCCGGGCCCGCGGCCAGGCCCCGGGGAGCGGCGGGCGGCGGCGGCCGCGGCGGGGCGGCGCGGGAACCGGGCCCAGGGGGGAGUCGGCCGGGCUGCUGCUACUGCUGCUCCAGGUGCUGCCGCCCGGGGCUGCGGCAGGGCCGGGGCGGCGGAGCACGCGGGGCGCCGGCGGCGGAGGCGUCUGCUGGCCCGGCGCUGCCCCUGCCUUUCCUCGGGACGCGCGGCUGCUGCUGCUCCUGCCGCCGCUACCGCCGCAGUCGCCGCCGCCGCCGCCGCCGAGCUCCGCGCCCGCAGCCUCCUCCUCCUGGAUGGACGCUCUGCCCCGCGGCGGGCUGAACCUGAAGGAGGAGCCGCUGCUGCCCGCCAGCCUGGGCUCGGUGCGCUCCUGGAUGCAGGGCGCGGGCAUCCUGGACGCCAGCACCGCGGCGCAGAGUGGCGUGGGCCUGGCACGAGCACAUUUUGAGAAGCAGCCCCCCUCCAACCUCAGGAAAUCCAACUUCUUCCACUUCGUGCUGGCCAUGUAUGACCGGCAGGGGCAGCCGGUGGAGGUGGAGCGUACAGCUUUCAUCGACUUUGUGGAGAAGGACCGAGAGCCCAGGGGUGAAAAGACAAACAACGGGAUCCAUUAUCGCCUCCGGCUGGUAUAUAACAACGGACUUCGGACAGAACAGGACCUCUAUGUGCGUCUCAUCGACUCCAUGUCCAAGCAGGCCAUCAUCUACGAGGGGCAGGACAAGAACCCCGAAAUGUGCCGCGUGCUACUUACCCACGAGAUCAUGUGCAGCCGGUGCUGUGACCGGAAGAGCUGUGGCAACCGGAAUGAGACACCCUCAGACCCCGUCAUCAUUGACAGGUUCUUCCUCAAGUUCUUCCUCAAAUGCAACCAGAACUGCCUAAGGAAUGCGGGGAAUCCCCGAGACAUGCGCCGCUUCCAGGUGGUGGUAUCCACAACGGUGAGCGUGGACGGACAUGUGCUGGCCGUGUCCGACAACAUGUUUGUGCACAACAACUCCAAGCAUGGCCGCAGGGCACGCCGCCUGGACCCCUCCGAAGCUGCCACCCCCUGCAUCAAGGCCAUCAGUCCCGGGGAGGGCUGGACCACGGGCGGCGCCACCGUCAUUGUCAUCGGCGACAACUUCUUCGACGGGUUGCAGGUCGUGUUUGGGAACGUGCUCGUGUGGAGUGAGCUCAUCACGCCCCACGCCAUACGGGUGCAGACGCCCCCACGGCACAUCCCUGGGGUGGUGGAGGUGACCCUGUCCUACAAGUCCAAGCAAUUUUGCAAGGGAGCCCCUGGCCGCUUUGUCUACACAGCCCUGAAUGAGCCCACCAUUGACUACGGAUUCCAGAGGCUACAGAAAGUCAUUCCCAGACACCCCGGAGACCCCGAGAGGCUGCCCAAGGAAGUGCUGCUGAAGCGGGCGGCCGACUUGGCGGAGGCCCUGUACGGAGUGCCCGGCGGCAACCAGGAGCUCCUCCUGAAGCGCGCAGCAGACGUGGCCGAGGCUCUGUACAGCGCGCCCGCGCCGCUCGGACCCCUGGCCCCCAGCCACCCGCACCCCGCCGUCGUGGGCAUCAACGCCUUCAGCAGCCCGCUGGCCAUUGCCGUCGGGGACGCCACGCCAGGGCCGGAGCCGGGCUACGCGCGCAGCUGCGGCAGUGCGUCCCCUCGCGGGUUCGCGCCCAGCCCGGGCUCGCAGCAGAGUGGCUACGGCGGCGGCCUCGGAGCUGGCCUCGGCGGCUACGGGGCGCCGGGCGUGGCCGGCCUCGGUGUGCCCGCGUCCCCCAGCUUCCUCAAUGGCUCCACGGCCACAUCGCCCUUCGCCAUCAUGCCCUCUAGCCCCCCGCUGGCCGCUGCCUCCUCCAUGUCCCUCCCGGCGGCUGCCCCCACCACCAGCGUCUUCUCCUUCUCGCCUGUCAACAUGAUCUCCGCUGUCAAACAGAGGAGUGCUUUUGCCCCCGUGCUGCGCCCACCCAGCUCCCCACCCCAGGCCUGCCCCAGAGUCCACGGAGAGGGGCUUCCAGACCAGCCUUUUGAAGAUUCUGACAAGUUCCACUCUCCAGCUCGGGGGCUUCAGGGCCUGGCGUACUCCUAAUUAUGGUCUACAGGUGUUGUCCCCACUGAGCCCGGACUAGUGGUCCCUCCAGGAUUCACACCCAUGCCCUGGAUGGCAGCACAGACAGAUGCAGGGCCGGGGCUGCAGGCAGACCUCAACCCACAGGCCUGAACAGGGAGAGGCCUUCCUCCCUGUGCUCAAGGGCCCCUCAGUCCCACAGGAUUCUCUCACCUCCCUUGAGGCUGGUUGGAAGCCCCAGCACUGUGCUGAUGCUCUUGUUAGGAGAGCAUCCUGUGGAGGUGCUGGAUGCCUGACCUCACUUGCUGGGUCGGUUCCUCUGGAAGAGAUGGACCUUGUGCAGACCAAGGGCAUCUGGUGACAGGAGCAUGGGAUGGGGAGUAUGAUAAGGAGCUCAGGGAGAGGUGGCCUGGGAAGGUCCUGUUUGCGUCUGACCCAUGUCAACCAUCCCGGCAUCCCAACUACUCUCCAGGACAAGGGGUGGUGCCCAGCAGCCUCAGGAGGCCUGCCUAGGCUCCCAUGGAGCUUCUGACAGCCACUUGAUUCUGUGGCUGCCCCACUCCCUUUGAGUCCUAAGCACUCAUGCUUGCCACAUCAUGAAUCCCAGUGGAGGCUUUGGGCAUGAAGGGUGCAGAAGAGGAGGUGCCAGCCCCCCUGGUUGUGGAUCUUGCCCUCAAUGGAUGUCUCACGGACUCUGGCCCCACACACAGAUGACUCUGGCUGGCCCCAUAGAACCAUGGAACGGGUCCAGCUGCCCCUGGCUCAUACUCUGCUCUGCUGAGGUUGGAGAAAACAAUAAACACAGGUGCAGGUGGCUA